GUAGCUAAUUAGUAUCUAAGUUGAUCUUUCGGCUGCCAACACAACAACUUUGUGUUGACGUUUCGACGCGUAGCGGUGAAAGGUGUCACGUCUUGUGAAUUUUUAUGUCAGAAAAUACUUUUAUUCACGCCUAAUUCAUUUUUUAAACCGCUGGAUAAGGUUAUUGCCGGGAAGAUGGUUGUAAAACCAGCAAUUGGACGUAAAUCUAACAAGAACCCACCCAUUUUUAGUCACGAAUUUGUGAUCCAGAACCAUGCCGACAUUGUCUCAUGUGUUGUUAUGGUGUUUUUGGUCGGACUUAUGGUCCAGUCGACCAGUCCUAUAGCCAGUUUAUUCAUAACUCUUCACCACAAUGUCAGUGGAGUGGAGCCAUCAAGAGAGAAUCCUAAAGGAGAGACUUUCUUUUAUGAAGCUGGCUGGAAGGAUGUCUGCCCUGUGUUCUUCUAUGCUCUGGUGUGCAUCGUCAUGCACGCCAUUCUUCAGGAGUACUUCUUAGAUAAAAUUUCAAAGAAGUUCCAUCUGUCCAAGUCAAGGCUAAGUGCCCUGAAUGAGUCCGGUCAGUUGGUGGUGUUCCAUCUUGUCACGCUGCUGUGGGGAGGAGAUGCCGUUCUUCGCGAGGGCUUCAUUUGGAACAUUGCACACUUAUGGGAUGGCUACCCGUCUCACCCUAUGAGCUUCCUUCUCAAGCUGUGGUGGAUCGUGCAGGCUGCCUACUGGAUCCACACUGUCCCCGAGCUUUACUUCCAGAGGAUAAAGAAGGAUGAGUGGUCUGGCCGCAUCCGACAGGCCUUCAUUGCAUUCACAUUUGUCUCAUUGGCUUAUGGAUUCAAGUUCCAGCGUGUGGGAGUGUGCCUGGUGGUGCUCCACUCCCUGGCUGAGUUUGUGGCUCACAGCUACCGCCUCAACAACAUCCUCCGCGGAGAGAAGGAAGACUUGCUAGAAAAAUUCCUGAGCCUGGUGAACGGGUCUGUGUUCGUGGCGGUGCGCCUCUGCUCGCUGGUGCUGGGAGUGCUCACGUUCUACUUCGGGCUGGCGGGCGCCGCGCCCAUGCUGCUGCGGGGCGCCGCCCUCGCGCUGCUUGUCUCCUCGCAGGUGUUCCUCAUGUACAACUUCAUCUCGGAAACCAUCAAGCAGAGGCAGGAGUCUCGCCAACUGGCACUGACCAGGCCCAAGAAAGAGAAAAAGGAAAAACCUAAGAAGGAAAAAGCAGUAAAGAAGGUGGCGACGGAAGAGUCUGACCUGCCCGAGGUGGACCAGAACACCAACAAGACCCUGCGGCAGAGGCAGCCCGCGGCCGCCAAGGCCAAGUGAAAUCCCUUCACCCUCCAUCACGUGUUCACUGGAGUUUCCACUAUCACUCUGUAAUGUCUACAACGCUAUACUAGUAGUAUCUUCAGUCUGUCCUAUACUUCCGAUGUUUGAAUGCGCACAAUGUAUUGGUUGAUCUGUUUCCAUGCAUUUAGCUUUAUGUUUCUAUUUAUUGAUUAUGAAGUGCAACUGAAGAACUGAUUGUCUUCGUUUAUAAACCACAUAAAAUAGGUGUUUUAUUUCUGGACAAAUUGGGUCAUUUUAACGUAAUCGGUAACAUUGUAUAGUAUUGUCAAUGCUAAAUAUUCUCGUUUAUUUAAAAUUGCGUACAUUUUUGGUCAAGAAAGAGUGGAUACAGGGUUGUAAAAUAUCUCCUAAAAUGUAAAAAAUAUAGGUUAUAACGUUGUUUAUAAAAAUAUAAAUAAGAUAACAGUGUGCGUUAGCACAUUGACUAAAAAUUCCAUUUUAAUUUUGCAUUUACUUCCACAGAUUAUAUAUAUUCAUGGCAAAAAAUAAUGAGCUCUAUUUUUGUUUUAAAUUAUUUUCUUAUUUUUUAUACUGAUUUUAUUGUGUCGACCUUGGUUUUGUCUUCUAUGUCUACUUCUUUAAAUUGUAUUUGACUAUUUAUAAGAUUUGUUGCUUGAAUAAAUUGUUAACUUAUUCAGUACGAGCGGCGGUAUGACAAAAUUGAAUGUAUAUAUUACUAUUCCAGUUAUGUAUUAAUAAAUGGUAAGGUCUCGAGGGUAAAGGUUUAUGAGGUUGAUGAGGAGCUGUUGGUGCGUGACAGGUUUCCUGUGAAAUUAUUCUUCCUAAUGUGAAACUGCUCAUUUUUUAUUUCCAUGAGAAUUGUCAAUUUUAAAGCUUGAUGUUAUUUUUAUUUCAGAUAAUAAAUUUUCUAAGUAA